AUGAGGGAGAACGGGCAAAGAAGGCAGACCCGAACCGUCACAAUUUCUUCCCAACUUCGCAUUCAGUCUUUGCUCUCUCCUGCUCCGGACUCCGAUGACGCACCCAAAGCGUUCCCUACUCAGUCCAAGUCAAAGGGAAGAUGUUACAAACCCUUUGCCUCACAGGAGGAUACCUCCACAAUUCUCGCCGUAGCAAAGUCGGCAGGCAAGCAAGCUCCGGAAGAAGCCAUACGUCAGAGUUACAUCGUGCCCAACGGCGAUGACUUGAAGUCGAUCUCGGCGGGAGGCUCAAGUGCCAAAAGACCCUCUAGAGCUAUGCAGCCGCCGAUGAGAUCUAGCAUAGCUUGUUUGAGAUGUAGGAAAUCCAAAAUCAAAUGCGACAACGACAGCACUGGAUCACCUUGCGACACAUGCAUCAAGGCAGGACAUAAGUGCGAGUUUCCCGAUCCAACGCCUCUUCCGGCGAAACAAUCAAAGCCGCCGACUGCGCUGAGGCAGGUAAGGGAGGUCGGGCAUGAUCGGAAGCGAGUGAAGAAGCUCGAAGAUGCAACGUCCUCUGAUGAAAGGACUCCUGCGGCACUUGCUCAGAAAGUCCUUUCGGCACCCUAUCUUACCGUCGGCUUGUGGCAUCAACUCUUCGACAUAUUUAAGCUGCACUUCGCUACCGAACUCCCGUUUUUGCAUCUCCCAACUCUCAAGGGCAUCAUUCACGACAAAGACAGCAAGAAUCUGUCGACCGAAUCAAAUCUGAUUCUGCUGGGCAUUCUGACUCUCACUGCAAGAUUUCAUCCCGUCUUGAUCAAAUGUGUGGCACACAUCACACACAACAAGAUCGCGGGGCCAAGAUCUCGCGGUGCUCUACCCAGUCCGCAGCCAUCAAUGGCAUCAGAGUACUUCGCAAAUGCUCUUACAAAGGCACUGGGGGAACUUGAAUCAGCUCUGACAUCAGCUACUGUCGUCCGUGUUCAAGCUAUUCUCAUGCUCAGCUUGUACAAAUGGAGUCAGCCGAAUGGCGGCCUGGCUGCAUGGAUGUAUGUUGGCGUUGCCAUACGGAUGGCUCAAGGCUUGACAUUGGGGUCUGGAGACAAGCCCCUGGGCGGCAAGAGAAUUCUGGCGCUGUCUCCUCGAUCGAGUGAAUCGGCCAAACUAUCCUCAGACCAUUGGAUAGACCGGGAAAUCAGGCGCCGUACUAUGUUCAGCUGCUUGAUAAUGGAUCGUCUUCUGUCCUGCGGAUCUGAUCGGGUUUCUAUGGUUCGGCCCGACGAUCUUCAAAUCCAGCUGCCAUGCACCGAGCAUGCCUUCGACCACGGCCGCGUUGUCUACACCGGAUUCUUACGGCAGGUGGAACAUGGCAUGGAGCCACCAAUCAGUGACAGCGUCUUGAGACGAUUCGUACAACUGGCUGAUGUCUGGGGCGAUAUCACCAAAUACAGUGUCGAGGGCGGCCGCCUUGAGGAAUCGCUGCCGCCGUGGAACCAAGAGUCGACUUUCUACCAGCUAUGUAAAAGAGUAGAUAAUUUCUACAAACAUCUUCCGGAAGAUUUCACCUGGUCCAGCGCGAACUUUUGGGGACACAACGACAGCGUGUACAUAUCACUCCACAUGCUGGGUGCUCUCUGCAAAAUUAUACUGCAUCGCGAAUGCAUUCCGUUCAUCGCCAUCAAGUGUUCUAAGCCAACUGGCCCUCUGGGUGAGUUCGUCUCUAACCCCAGAACUGUUCUAGAGAGCUUUUGGGAGCGAAGCGCGGAGCAGGUUUUCAAGGCUGGCAGGGAAAUCAUCGACCUCGUAUCGUUGUGCCGAGAUACACUCCCUCAUUCGCCACUAGUCAUGUUCGCGAUCUGGCAAGCAGCCUUUGUGGAAACUUACGCAUGGCACUAUCCUCGCAUGGAUACUCAGAGUCAUAUGGCCAGCAAGCAUGAAAGCGAGGAACGGCAGAGAGUGCAGACAGGAAUCGUCAGCAUCGCUCUCCAAGCAUUGAUCAAGCUUGCACCUUUCUCCAGCAUGGCCUCCAAGUACGUCACGUUUCUUGAGCAAAUGGAUCAUUUUCUCCAAUGUGGCGGCUUAUUGGAACCUCGGAGGGUCAAGAUCAACAAGACUCCGAGCAGCGACAUCAAUCUGGACGACGACCAGCCAACAGCCUACGACGACUCCGAUGGAUCGCGGGCCAGCAACUUGGAAAGGAGCUCUCCCUCGGGUCCCGGUCAUGACCUCCCUAGCAAAAAGGGGACGGACACUCCAAGGGACUUCCGGCAAUCGUCAUCAUACAUCGGUCUUGACGCCGAUGUAUCCUUAUCCUACCAACAGUCGGAUGACAGUGGCCUUACCAGAGACAUUUGUCACCACUCGUUGACAGACAAAUAUCCCCAAACUCCGGUCUCCUUGCCAUUUGAAGCCGUGAUGGCUAUUUUGAACGGAGAAAGACUCACUAUCGAUUCUUAUAUGCGACCAGACCAGAGCAUGCGGGUCAGUGCCGUGCUCAAUGAUGUACGGGAUUUUGCUACAGGGGAAAUGGGCCAAACGCCCGGCAUUGGGGACCAAGACACUGCUACGUCCCCAUUCUAUGCGCAUAAGGCGGGUAGUGAUUCAUUGCCCUAGUUCAGCGGGAGUUAUGCACGGUGGGUGUGAAUGACUUUCAGCGGUCUUCGAAUCUUAUGGCAGCUGUUCGUACCCAGAUAACGCAAAGGAAUAGCAGGGUAUUGCAAGUCAGGUGAUGUACAAAUAUCCAGUAUCACGAGCAAUAAGUUGUCCAGCUAGAUGAAGUAAGGCAGCGAGGUGACCACUCUUCCUUACU